GUGUGUCUAUAUAUAUAGCUGAGCAGGAAGAACUGAGUAAAUAGUACUACUGAGGCAAAUACAACAAGAGGAUUUAGCAUUCAAUCUCUCUGUCAGAUCAGCUCGAAAUCGAAAUUGAAAAAGGUGGAAAUCGAAAAAAAAGUAACAGAGCAGAUGUUCGGAAUGUUAUAUCAUUAUUUUCUUCAUCUUUCUCAGCAACCAAACGGAGGAUUGGGGAACAAUAUUUUUCGUAGCUGAAGGGAAAAAAAAACCUAGAGAACAAUAAUUUUGAAGAGUGAAAAAAGAAAAAGAUUCUACAUGGAACAUAAUGGCGGGAACCUCAGCUGGGCCCGAUUUUUUUGAUGCUGACCACGGUUCAGACGAAGAAACUUCUGAAAACUUAGAACUUGAAGCCAGAGAAGAUGGGUUGUUCCAUAAUUGCAACUCACAUACUGUUCUAAAUGAUGGGUUGGUUUUUUUGGAACCAUCAGCGAACAGUUUAAAAGUGGAAAAUUUAGAACCAUUUAGUGGGAUGACUUUUCCUUCAUUAGAUGAUGCAAGAGACUUCUAUUAUGGCUACGCCAAGCGUACAGGUUUCACCAUUCGAACAAAUCGAAUCCGACACUCGCUAAAGAACAUGGGCAUAAUAGGUCGGGACUUCGUAUGUUCAAGAGAAGGCUUCCGUGCUGCGAAGCAUACAAUUAGAGAAGACAGGGUUCUACCUCCAAGGCCAAUUACAAGAGAAGGGUGUAAAGCAAUGAUAAGGUUAGCAGCACGGGAUGGAGGUAAGUGGGAAGUUACCAAAUUUGUGCGAGAACACAACCACAAGCUAAUGACAAACUGUAAAUUUCCUGGGGAGCUGCCAAUCGUAAAUAUACUCAGUGAGGAAGAGAAGGAUAAGAAAAUCCAGGAUCUAUUUGAUGAGCUGCAGCAUGAAAGAGAACGAUCUGCAGCAUUGCGACGACAGGUAUGUGUGAUUCUCAAGGACAUUCAGGAACAUGCUGAGUUCAUGUCCAUAAGAGUUGAAGACAUAGUUAAUAGCAUGAAAGAAAUUGAAUUUAAUGAUGUAUAACUUUUGAGUCACUGAUUAAAGUGCAGUUUUCUAAUAGAUGGAUAAUUUUAUUUAUUUUCAUUGACCCUUUUACCAAUAUAGAACAGUGACCUCGUUUCAGUCAUUA